GCCCUGUAGAAUUUGGUUAUUGGGAUUUGGGAUGUCACUUUUCAGAAUGUUAGGAAGUAUAUAUAGAUUAGUGAGAUUAAAUUCUCUUAGAUAAAACAUCACUUGUUAGUAAUUUCGUAGUAAAUAGUUUAUUUGAUAUGAAAUAUUUUAAAGCCUUCUGUGACCCUGCAAGUGUUAACUCUGUACGUGUUUAGCUCUUUACAUGUGACGGAAUUCUACUUCAAGUGAGAGUGUCCUCCUUAUAAGUGUCACUCUGUCCGAUUAAGGUUCACAGUGUAAUGAUAAUUUAAAGAGCGAGUGCCUUGUAACGAAAAUGGGAUAUCACUAAGUGUUAUACUGAAAGAUUAGGCCUGCUUGACCCCAUCACAAUGACGUCCUUAUUUGACCCUUAUGACAAGUCCAGUUGGUACUUUGGACAGAUGUCGAGGCAAGAUGCCACAGAGCUUCUAAUGGGUGAAAAGGAAGGAGGUGUGUUCCUUGUACGCGACAGCAACUCCAUCCAUGGCGAUUAUGUUCUCUGUGUCAGGGAAGAUAGCAAAGUGAGCCACUACAUUAUCAAUAAGAUACAACAGAGUGAUCAUACCAAGUACCGUAUUGGAGACCAGAUGUUUCCUGAUUUACCUAACCUGCUAGCCUUCUACAAGUUGCAUUACCUGGACACUACACCUCUCAUCAGGCCAGCUCCUCGCAAGAUCGAGAAAGUCAUUGCCAAAUACGACUUCGAUGGCAGCGACCAGGAUGACUUGCCGUUCAGGAAAGGAGACAUCCUAACAGUGAUAUCCAAGGACGAGGAGCAGUGGUGGACAGCCCGCAACACCUUGGGACAAGUUGGUUCUAUUCCCGUGCCAUAUGUACAGAAGUACGAUGGAGGACAGCAUACACAGGGCUGCAGGGAACACCCGCCCACCGUGUCAACUGCUCCGGAUCUCACCACCCGUCGCCCGCCCACCAACAAUAUACAGCAGAGGAAAUUGCCAGCAUACGCCAGAGUGAAGCAAGUGCGAGUGCCCAACGCAUACGACAAAACCGCUCUCAAGCUGGAAGUGGGGGAUGUUAUCAAAGUGACCAAGAUGAACAUUAAUGGACAGUGGGAGGGGGAGCUGAAUGGCAAGGUAGGGCACUUCCCUUUCACACACGUCGAGUUUGUGGACAGUGAGACGGGCGACACUACCGAGGACAGCUAAGUGGACUUGUCGGUAUCGCCUGUGUCAGCUAAGCGCCUUAUGUUGUAGUGUUACAUACAGAACUGUCCUGCCUGCAGUGAAAGAUAGGGUCGCAAUAAAGUUGUAACUGUGACUGGUGGUGAUAAGGGAUGUGCAGGCCCACAUUUAGUGCUCGCUCUGCGCUACAAACAAGUGUAGGUCAACUACAGUAGAGCAUUGAUUGUCCAAAACAAGUGAUGGGAAAUAUUCUAAAACUCGUUUAUCAGACAACUGACUAUUGGUAGGAUAAGUUGUGAUAGUAUUUUGUAAAUGAUAUGUAAACUUUUUUAAUUAACAUUACUUCAAUUACAUUAUGGUACAUUUUCAAAAUAGCCAAGUUCAAAUUUUGAAGUAGUAUAGAUGGUUUUAAAAUUUGGUAUUAUUGUAUUACUAAUAUGUGUGUUUAUGUUAAAAAAUAACCACUGUGUUGACAAAGGUCAACAAAAAAAUCAUUGUUAAUAGUGUAAUUCAAAUAGUACACCAAACAACAUUAUGUGUUGUCAUAAGCAAAGGUUCUCACUCCAAAGUUGAUGAAAGUCUAGCCACACAACAGGUAGGUGAGCAGGAUUCAUCUAGUGUUGCAGUGUUCCUACUGGCUUCUAGCCUAAUUUCUGCUAGGGACAUCAUUUUUUCCCACUGUAAUUUUUUUCAUACAGAAAACUGACAUUUGGAUACUUAUUGCUCUACUGUAGUUGUUUAGUUUAUGAUCAAUAGAUUUUGAUUCUCACAUAUUAUAAAGAGAUGAAAUUAGAUUGUCUUGUUGAUAAUAUUUCUAAUUGGCUACAUUUUAAAUUUUAGCAGUUUUUUCACAACUUUUAUACUAGAAUUUUUAUUAGUUUGAGUAGUGUAAUAGUUGCUUUAAGGUAACCUUUUUCUAAAUCUGUUGACAUAAUAGCCAGGUUGGAAUAGAGUAUAAAUGUUUAAUUUAUCUCUCAAUCAAACAUGAACAUCAUUCAUUGAAUUAAAAUAACAUUGAAUAAAAUUUAAUAUUAACAGAGUGAGCAUUUGUGUGGGGCCAGUAUAAAUCCACCCGUAAACCUCACAGUGGUGUAUACUAGUGUAUUUAUGUAUUAAAAUUAUUAUAAAUCAAUACUUGUAACUGAAUACUAGAACAAAUGAAAUCAAGAUGUUAGGUUGAACUGAGUCCAUAUUUAUGUUUUAGGAUGGUGGACAGCAGACAUGAGCCCCCAAUCCUUAAGCUUUAUUAUUUUUAUUUAUUAAGAAUAUUGAGGUAUGAGUUUUAAAUAGGGUUUAAUAAAUUUAUAUUUGGAAUGAGUUGAGUUUGAGUCAGUUUAUAGAAAUAUAUUCCUGUGGGUAGGUAAGCCACUGAAACUGUCAUUCUUCAAUUAGUGAAACCCCAGUUUUGACUAAAGAAAAAGAAAAAAUGAUGUUAAGGUAAAUAUGUUUUAAAGGUCUAAAUAAUUUUUUCUAGAAGUCUAGAGGAGGGGGAAUAGAACGUAAUUAGUCAGUAGCUUGGAGAUCAGGGAUCCUAAACUUAGAUUUAUAAAGAGUUAAAAACUGUGAAAAUAAUUUUUUAGUGUGACAAGGAAUACAUCACAAUCAUUAUAUUUAUAGCUAUAAAAUUUUAUUUCAAACCCCAUCUAAAUAAAUUUAAACUAUUCAGCAAAGUUGUAGACAACAUCUGAAUCCAAAAUAGUCAUAAAAAUAAGGUAAAAUAACUAAAUCUUUCAUCAUUCCACCAGACAGAUACUUAUAUAACCUUAUUAGUGUCACAACAGUAUAACUUUGUGAUCAAGUGUCAAUUUUUAUUGGUCAAUGAAUUUAUCAUAUAAUUUGAAUAUUAUCUUUAAUAAUUGUUGCAAUGUAAUAAGUUGAAUAACUAACCAUUGUUUUGGAUCUUAUCAUUGAAUGUAUCAGUGAUAAAAGUGAAGAUUAGUUAUAAGCUAUGUUGAAAAUAAUAGCACUUUUUAAUGUUGAAUAAUUUACUAAACAUUAAAAACACAAUUGUUUCAAUUAUACUUUCACAUAAUAAAAACCUAUCUCAAUCACAUGAAGCUAUUUGAAUAGCUUAUAACUAGUUGUAAUGGGCGUUUAUUAUAAUUUCUUACACUUUGAUAAUAGCGUAUUAAUUUAAGACUAAAUAUUAAUAAUGUUUUCUAUAUUAGUUUUUUCUUUACAGUUGAUCCACUGUAUUUUUAUAUCUUUUUUGUAUUGACAUUAUGUACACUUAUUAAAAUGAAAAAGUGUUUCUUUUAAGAUAUGAACAGGAAUUGAAAUAUUAUAAUUUCAAAUCUAAUUUCCUGUUAUUUUUAUUUUCAAGCUGUGGUACAAAAAUAAUAAUUAACUGUAGAUAAUAAUUAAUACAAUUAAUGAAAAAACAUUGGAAUUAAAAUAAGAAUGAACGAAUUCACCUAAAAACUAUGUUUGAAAUAUAGUUAAAGAAAUACAAAUUUAAAAAAAAUGAGGUUAUAAAUAAUCUCUCUAUCUCAGAUAAACAAAGAUACUAAAGUUAUAUGAUAAAAUAAUAAACUUUAAAAAUGAGAGUUAGAAUGUAUUGAUUUAUUAUUAUUAUAGAUUAUAUCAAACAGUUAAAGGAACAUUUUAUAAUAAACAAAAAACUGUGUAAUUUUGUCACUCUCAUGUUUUAUUUUAGUUUAUCACCUACACAUGGCAAACAGACAUUUGAUAAUCAGAUCAAGCAACGUCGAGCGUGGCCGCUGCUUGGGUAGGUGACCGCGGAGCAAUCCUGUCCUUGCAAGCGGCCCGCCUGCCUGGCCAUUGGUGGUGGUUCGGAAGUCACCUUUAAGCCGUUGGUCCCCAGGUUAAGUGUUAGAGAGGGCUUCUUAGCCCUAACUUCGCCUGGUAAAAUAAGACAUUCUUUACUUUUUUUUACAUUUGUGUUGCAUCCGCAACUUUCGUUUGUCACAUUUUCUAUUAAAAGCAUUUUCUGCUUGUGUCUGAAUUCCUUUCAUACAUUGUCAGUUGUAGUGUGGUGUUCUUUUUUUAUGCGCUGCAUUUGUUUAGUUAAUGUCCAAUUUUGCUUUUUCAUACCAUGAUUUGAAUAAAUUUUUUCAACUAAAUUUGUUUUUACCACACAAAUAUUAUCAAAUUCCAAAAAUGUAAGUACAUGUACAUCUCUACAAAUUUUGAUGUUUUUUAACGCUAUGCACUUGAAGGCAGUGUUUAUAAUUUGUCCUUGAAGCUCGUGUGGCCAGCUCUACUGGCCACCGCCAUUUUGUCAGAAGCGUGGAUUAAUUUUUCCCAAAAUGUUAUCUCAGCUUGUAUGUCCAGAUGUACUGGCUAAAAUAUAAUACAUCCAUACCUUGUAAGGCUAGCACCUCUGGCCACUAAACGUAGCACUUAUUUUCUAAUAUUCUCUUUGUUUUAUAAUGAAUGGUGAGUGCUAAAACCUAUCGGGCAGGUUUAUUUUAAAGUAAUUUUUAAGUAACGUAGUAAAUUUUAAAUUAGUCUAUAAUUCUUCUCUAAACAUUGACUGUGCAAAUAAGAUGAAUUAUGUGUAGUGAGCCUAUGCACUGAAAUGGUGAAAGGGAUAGAAACCUAAAUAAUAUUCUUGACUACACAUAGGUAUGUAUUUUUAUUUCGUAAAAAAUGUAAAGACUGUCAAAAAUGUAAAAAGUUUUUAUGUAAAAUAACUGUAAAAGCCUACUUUAUAAUGUUCUAUUACAUAUCUUUGUAAACUAUAAAUAUAUAAGAGUUAAAUUCCUAAAAUGUAUGCUUAUCUUUGUAUUGGAAAGAUUCAUUAAAAAUACAUUUUAAAUUAUUUUUAAUUUUUUCUUCAAACAUUUAAAUUACUAUGCAACAACGCAGAGGAAAUUGAUGAAUAAUUCCGAUCUGGGAAUGCAAAAAUCAAAUAUAACCGUCGAGCUGUCAAUGAAAGUAGCGCGGCCAUCUGUACUAGCUGUACGAGUUGCGAGGACAAACUAUGGCAAAACUAAUGCCAGCUGUCUGCAAUCUUGGUGUGGCUAGCUGGCCUUUCGAGUGCAAAGGGUUAAAUCAAUUUAAUCUUUAGUAUAUCUCACAUUGAUAUGAAAAUCGUGUAGUUUAAAAUGAUACUAAUUUUAUAAGGAUUACAUUAUAGGCAGCAUUCUAGACACUAUUAUGAUUUUUAAUGGUGUUAUUUUAAUAGUUUAAAUAACUUUAGAUUUCAUUGCACAAAGCCUGUUUAUACUGUGAUACAUGCCAAGAGAGUAAAUGUAUUAGUUAAAGAAUGUAAUUAUAUCUAUUUACAAAAUCGAUUUAUAAAUAGAAUCCAAACCAUCAGAUAAAUAGAAAACAUUUUGAUGUUCCAUUUGUAAAAGAGAGCAAUAAACAAAAAUAAGAAUUGGAUAUAUUGACUGAACUAGAACAUUUUAGGACUGGGGGUUUUCUACGUCUUUAGUCAUUAAUAUUAUAGACAAGUGUUAUGUAUGUAUUCUUCUCUUGCACAAAACAUUUAAUCGUAAUGGUUCUCUUUAUUUCAAAACCCAAGUAAUAUAUAGGAUUAAAAUAGUGGAAAAUGCUGAUGCUUGGAUAUAGCAUUCCAGCCAGCUAGGCCUAGUCGCUAAAUUUUUAAUGUUAAUAAAGUAUGUAACAAAAUUAAAUUACAUAACUUUAUUGUGAUGUGUUAUUCUACAGAAAUUUAUUAAUUGUGCAUAAUACAAUGGUUAUAUACAUAAUGUAGGUUAGGAAUGGUUUUUAGUUUAAUUUAUUUUGUCUGUAUACACUUGUACAAAUCAUUACUUUUUGGGCAUUACUGUUAUGUUAUUUAGAUCCAAAUUAGUAACUUAGUAUUGCAUAUAAAAUAGUGUACUGUAUAUUUAAUGUUUUAAAAUUACUAAACAAUCUUACCCAAUUAUUAAUAUAAUAUAGUUUUAUAUCAUAUCAUUUGAUAAACUUUCUGCCACUUUGUUCCUGUAGUGCUUUUGCUUCAGAAGCACAAAUAAAAAGAUAUCACAAUAUUUUGUGUCAUUGGUAACAUAGUCUGCUAGUUGUAAGGGUUAUACAGUAAUUGCUGGAACAAAAUCCCAUUAAUAAUAAUUUUACUUUAAUAGGUAAUUUUAUAAACAUUUUCCUGUUAAUGAUAACUUUCACAGUAACCAGAAACUUAUUAGUUGCAGGAUAUUUUACAAUCGUUUUCAGAAUGGAAUAAGGAAUACAGAAGGUGUAGCUCAGUUUUGACAGUUCAGUGAAGGUGAUUGAUAGCUAGUUAAUACUUUUUUUAAUUUACGAUAGUAAACAAGUGGAAAGUAAUAAACAAUACACCACAUUAAAAACUCGAUAAACACUUUAUGUUAUGUAUGCUGUGUUUUAUAUACUGGCAACUGGUGCAGUUAGGUAGUUGUCAGAAGUAACAGGUGUAGAAGCUUUUGUGGUCCAAGUUUGCAGUCACAGCUGUCCUAGUUUGCUCUACUACUGUGGGUGCUGCUACAGCCCAGUAAGUGAAUGGCACCAUCCUAUUUAACUCCACUUAAUCAACAAUAGGCAAUUGAUGAUCGUAGAUAUACCACUAUAGGGGAGAUCUGACCUGGUUGCUAUAUGCCAUUUAAUUUAGCAUUGUUUUAGAAACGACAUAGUUAAGACCAAUUACUUUUAUUAUAAUUUAGUCGAAUCAAUCUUGAAAAAAUCAAAAUUUUCUUUCAAAGACUAUACUUAAUUAUGUAAUGAAAUUGAAAUACUACUAACUGAGUGAUUUCUGUCUGUAGAUAACAACAAGAUGAGUUGUUUUGUAAUAAAUUAACAAUAUGUAAAAAUGAAAACUAUAGUAUGUAAUUUAUUCCAAAAACUUAGAGAAUGUUUGAUUUUAAAUUUUGUAUGACCUUGCAAUUGUGUUACUUCAUGAGGGUUUAUUGUGGUACUCCACAUUUUUGUGUUUAAUUUGUGAUCUGUGUUCUAUAUUGGGGAAGUCCAUGUUGCUGUGUAAUACUGCACAUUCCUAACAUGGGGAAAUUGUUUAUUUAUAAGGUGUUUAAGUUAUUGCAUUUAUCGGUUCUCAUAUCAGGUUGGCCAUGUGAUUGUUUGUUGAACAUAACAUAGUUCUCCUUAACAAAGCAAUUCUCUUAGGUUAUCAUCAGAAAAAUUUGGUUAUGAAAAUUUAACAAGCCGUUUUAAAACUAAACUGCUACUAGUCAAUUUGAAAUAAGAUACCCCAAAAAUGAUGAAGAUCCUGAAACAAACCCCAUAUGUAAUAUAUUAUAGGUGUAUGUUAGGUAUAGAAGUGGUUUGCUUUCAUCCACCCUCAACAAUUUUGUUUUUAUUUAUAAAUAUUUUAAUGGUUAUGUAUUUUUAUCAAGCUAUGUAUGUAUGUGUAUAUCAUCUUUUAACACUAGAUCACUAAGCUUACUGUAAGAUGUGUUCUUACCAAUUAUUUGUCUGAUGACUAAAAUAUUUGUUGAUUAUUUGGUCUUAUGAAAAAUCGUUUUCAAUAGAAAUAUAUUAUCACA